AUGAACAGUUGUUCUCCAGUAUUAAAUUAAUCGAAAGGGACUACAUCUGGUUUCUUAAAAAAUUUAUUAGAUUAUAAAGCUAAUCUCAAUUCAAAUGGAUCCAGCAAAAAAUAAUCAAUUUCAAGUUUUUAAAGAGACAUUUCUCAUCUUGCUGAUUCAUUCAGACAUAAAACCUUUUAAUAACAAAUAAAGGAAAAACAGUAAAUAGCUGAAAUGCGAUUAAAUGAAUACAUUCUGAAGCAAAAAGAGAGAAAAUAGAAUCAAGAGUAUAUGAUGUAAAAUUAGAGAUAUCACUAUAAAACUUAAAAUCUCGAUAACACAUUCGAUGAUGUGAUUUAAAUUUUAGAUAAAUAUUCAGAUUUUAAUUUGAAUUGGGUGGCAUAGGACUUACAAGAAGUAAAUGGAAAUAGGAAAAAUGUAAUGUUAAAUUUAAAAUCAACAAUAGUAAAUGGUUUAGAGAAAGGUUAUUUUGAAGAUUUUUCAAGUAAUUAGACUACUGAAAGAAAGUUAUCAAUAAAGAAAAAAAUAAGUAUAAAUAUGUAUAAUAUUUUUGGAUAGUUAAGGAGAUGAAACAUACAAGUACACAUUUCUUUUCUAAUGAACCUUCUGGAAGAAAUGAUGCUAUAAAUUUAAAGAAAUGGCUUUAAAAUUAAGUUGAGAAUAUAUCUUAAAAUUCAAGUAUAGAUCAUAAAUGUAAAUUGUAAUAAGCAAGUGAUGUAUUAUUUAUAUGUUUGAAUGAGUUGAUUAGAUAGGUUUCUUAUUAAUGUACUGAGAGAGGAUAAUUAAUGUUAGCAAUAUUUAAAGGUUAUAUAACAGUAUUUAGAAAGACUAUCAAUAUGUAAGAAUCAGACAAGUAAUAAAUAUAAAUAAUGGGUUAUAAAAAUUAAUUAGAAUAAUAAGUAGAAUUUGAAUAACAAUAAGAUGAAUUAAAUGAAAAGAUAUUAGAUCUUAAAUAAACAAUAAAGAGAUUAGAGAGUUAAUUGAAAGCCUAAAAAGAAGAUGAAUAAAAUUUAAUAACAAUAGUUUAGAAACUCACUAAAUAAAAUGAAUUAGAUAAAACUAUGAAAAAGGGUGCUGCUACUUUAAUUUAAAAUUUAAAUAGAGAAAUUAAAGAACUUAGAAAUAAAAUACAAAAAAUUUAAUAUAUAAAAUAAAGUGCUAAUUAGAUUAUUAAAAUAGAAGAUGAAGAAGAUGAAUAAGAUUUGUCAUUAUCUCAAGUAUUGAAAGAAGUUGAAUAAAAAACAUAGGUUGAAUAGAAUCCUGAUAUUGUUGUUAAAGAUAUAGUUGAUGAACCACCAAAAAUAACAUUUUCUGUAAAUUGUUAAACUGAAAUUUGUGUACAUACUAUUGAAACUUAAACUGAUUUAAAUUUAAUUAGUUAGUAAUAUGAUAAAAUUAUUAAUUAAUAAGAAUUAGAUUAACAUUUUAAAGAAUUCUAACUCAAAGAAUAAAUGGGUUUUUUUUUAUAAGAUGAUCAACAAUAAUAAAAUACAAAUAAUAAAGGUUGUUAAUUUUGUCCAUAAUUAUAAUAAGUAAAAGAAUAGAGAGCAAGUUUAUUAAGAAUAUUAGAUGGAUUACCAGGUAGUAUAGAUCAUAUUAGAAAUAUGAAAAAAGAAGAUAUGUUUGAUUUAUUUGUUAAUAAUAUGAAAACUAUGAGAGAAUUAUUUGAUAAAGAAGAACCUUAAGAAAAAUAAGUUUAAAGUGAUUCAGAAUAAUCUAUGUUUGUAGAACCUCCAGAAGUUAAUAGUGAUGAAAAAAGAUCUACUAAUAAGGAUUCUAAAAAUAAUAUUAGAUUAAUUGCAGAAGUUGCUGAAAUGGAUGAAGCCUCUCCUAUGCCUAAUAAUUAAAAAAGAAUUAAUUUUAGUUUGAAAAAAUUAUCAUUUGAAAAAAUAGAAGUUCAACAAGUAAAAAAUAAUACAAAUUCUUCAAAAUUAAAUUAGAAAUCUACUAAAAGAUAACUUGAAAAAAUGUUUAGUUCUGAUAAAUUAGCAUUACCAACUGUUAAAGAAUUUUAAACUAAUGAAUUAACAUAAACAUAAUUAUUUACUAAUUCAAAUAUGAAUCUAAAUCAAAUUAAUACAAAUUCAUCUACAAUUUAAAGUAGUUAAAAUUUAUAAGGUAAUUAAAUAGCAAAUAAAUUUGGAUUAAACAAAUAAGAAUUAAUUUAAUUAAAAACUCAAGUAGCUAUGUUAAUUAUGUUAUAUAAUUUAUAAAUUUAAAAACAAUAAAAUUUAACAAGAUCUAUGAAUGAUUUUGCUGGAUUGUUAAAUUAGUUAUUUUCAUUUACUCGUAAAUUGAUGAUACAUAUAUUAAGAACAUAAUAAUAAUCUCAUAAAUAAAUAGCUGAAUAAUUUUUGGUUGAAUUUGAUUCUUUAAGAAAAAGAAUGCCUGUAGAAUUAGAUGCAGAGAUAUAAGAAGAAGAAUAUCUUAUUACUGAAUUUGAUGAAGAAGAAGAAAAAGAAAAAAAAAAAUAAAUACUUUUUAAAAAAAAGAAAAAUAGAAUUACUAAAGCAUUACAAUUCAAUUUUUAAUAGAAACAAAAUAAAGUAAAUGUAAUUGAUAGAUUAAUGCAUCCAGGAGUAAUAUUAGCAGUUAAAGCUAAAGAAUAAUCAUAUUUGUUUAAAAAAGUUGUAAAUUACUGGCCUUUAAAAAAUGUAUUAAGAACAAUUACAUAAUUAUAUGAUGAAAAAAUUAGAAGUAGUAAAGAUAAUGAAACAUAAAAAGAUUUAGAGAUGCAAAUAUUUGUUUUUAAUAAUUUUCUUAAUAGAUAUGGAUUUAAGAAUGUUGCUGAAAAAAAAUACUUGUAAUUUUUACUUUCCGUUAUUCAUUUCUCAUCUAUAUUUAGAGUGAAUGUAUUUGCAAGAAUGAUAGCCAUAUUAUAAGAUGAAAAUUUAAAUUUUUCAAUAGAAGAAUCAUCUUUCUUUUUAUAAGGCUAUGAUUUUAUGUGUUCAGAAUCAUCUUUAGGUGUUAAUGUUGUUUAAAGUGAAAGUGAAUAAAAAUUUCAUGUUCCCUAUUUAAGAGCAUUAGAUUAUAUGAAAGUUUAUUUAGAAAAUAAAAUGAUGGAAGAUGAACUUAGAGAUUUGAAAAAUGAUUUAGAAAACUUAAAAGAACCUGAUCCUAAAAAUUUAAAUAAAUAAGGAUUAAUAGAUGUUGAUAAUUUUCUUAUUAAAGUAAUGAUUAAAUAUAGAAUAAUAACUACUAGAACUAAAGAGUUUGUAAUUCAUGCAUUUUAAGCUGCUGAUUUAGAUGGAAAUAAAAAAAUUAAUAACAACGAAUUUAUUACAUUAUUUAGACAUAUAGAAAAUUAAAAAUUCAAUUUUAAAGAAGCUAUGAAUCUAUUUUAUGAAUAAGCUGAUAUUAUAUAGGGUGAAGAACGAAGUUUAUCAUUUAAUAGAUUUACUUCGUUAUGUGUAAGUCAAUAAAUUUUUACUUUUUAAGCAUUAAAUCAUUUUAUUAAUGUUAAGACAAAUGAUGAUUUAGAAAAGUAAUUCUAAUUAGUAAGAUAGGAAUGGUAAAACUAUAAAAAAGACAUUGAAAUCACUUUAAAAGAAUUAUAACCUUAUGUUACUCCAGAAAUCUUUUUAGAAUGGAAUACUAUUUUGAAAACAUUAGAAUAAAGAAUCAUGAGUUAAGAGAAAUAAUAAUCAUCUAUAAAACCUAUAUUGAUAGCUCAUCGAAUAUUAAAGUUAGAAUUAUAGAGAUUAUUACAUGUUGGACAUUAGGAAGAUGAUAUUGAUGAAAAUGCAAUAAUUUAAUGA